AUGCAAUUCAGUCACGUGCAUCGAAAGGACUAUGAGCGCAUCCGUGAUGAAAUUGACCGCACCGCUGGAAAUUGGCCACCGAUAAUACGGUCAGCCAGUGUUCAAGAUCUGCGCCAGGAGCUUUUCUCCGAUGCACCCUCAGCGGACACUAGCUCUCGCCGUCACGACGCCUCUGCAUCCUGUGGUCGGCAUGAUGAUACCGACGAGGGUGAACUUGACGCCUCCGAUCAACAUCCACAUAAUCAUAAGCAGUCACUCCAAAGCCAGAGUAUGGCCGCCCGUAGCAUCGCAACCGCACGCCGUGCCCUCUAUCGUGCUCGCAACAUUUCCACUAACUCUUCUUCUAGCUGCCAAGAAAGUGCGCCUGUGGCAAGCUUGGUGGGUCAAGAAACAGCCAGUUGUUCUAGUCCCAUUGCAACAAUCACUCCUGUAAUUUCUAUUUCAAAGGGCCAUGAGAAGACCAAGGUAGAGGGUAUCUUUGAUGCAGAUGACUACACAGGUGCUGAUGAGGAUGCGGAUGACGAAGACCGCGUGCUUGUGCACUCUAUUUUUUCAGCCUCAAUGGAUGGAACUUCUGGUGGUAGUGGUCCUCUUAUGGUUGAUGUUGGCUGCAGUGGCUUCGGCAGUGCUGGAGCUUCAGACAAACUGGCCAGGAUGCCCGAGCCAAAUUCACUUGGUCUAGGCAUCAAUCUGGUUAGUGGUUCCGAAAUGGCUACAGUGGCUACGAAUACAAAUGUCCAACCUGUAUCUGUAUGUGAUAGCGGUAGUCGGGCCACAUCUCCACGCUUAGCCAUCUCAUCCACCGACUCAUCCGGCUUGCUGGUGCGGCAGCCAGGAAGCUGUCAACGGCUCUAUAGGACUGCAUUUAUCAAGCAUCAUGAAGCCGGCAUAGAAUCCGAGGAAACGGCAUCAUCAACUCGGCAUGCUGGGGCUACUCAAACAGAUAGGAAGAAUCAUAACAACGUCCUGCGUCGUACACAUUCACUGGACCCAAAUCUAUUAACGCGUCAUUCAGAGGCUUAUCACUCACGGUCUUUUUUUAACCAGUUGCCUCGACCACACUACCACGACCUUCCGCCGGGCAUCGCUUUUGAGUCUCCCUUAUUUCCUUGCUGCGGUGACCAUGCUGAGUGGCCCAUUUUGCGGCAAUGCCCUGUGGCUUUCUCUGACCGCAAAGUAUCUAAUUGGCCACUAAUUAUAGCUCUUGGCAAAGGCCGGAGUCAUAGCUUUGGGGCUUCGGAAUGUAUAAAUCAGCCGUUCUUGGCUGGCGAGCAAGUAUCCCGGCCGAGCAGAGUCCAUUCACGUCGCCUUCGGACAAUCUCCUCUCUUGCAAGGGGCUCCAGCCUCUCUGGUGCUCAGAAUGUCACUAAGUCUUGCUCUGAAGCUCCUCUGCUGCCCUCGCAGUCAAUGUCUCCUUUAUUGAUGCACUUGGGUUGUGCCUUUUUGCAAGGCGGGUAUCCACCGAUCCAACCUAUGGUUGAUGCUACACUUUUUUCCUCCGAUAGCCUAUCUUUUCAACCACAAUUACAUGCUCUGGCUAAUUAUUCUUCCACAUUUGGGGUGCAGCCACAGCCAGCUCAUCCUAGUCAUAUAAUUCAACAUAUCGAUCAGCCUAACCCCAAUCAGCAUCAAGGCCCGAGUAGCGGAGAAAAUGUAAGUGGUCUCGCUGAUUGGAUGGGGGCCUGGUCAACCCAGCCAUAUUUGCCUCAUAUCGCCUACUCUAUAUCAUUGCCGCCAUGCCCAUCUAGAUGUCAAAUUGACCCCGGAUAUGCACAGAUUCAGUGUCAACCUCGUGCUCAGUCUUCAGUCCAUAUGCUUGCACACGACUCUCAGCAUCUUUUUAUUCAUCACGGUCAGUCCUGUGGCCAGACCCAGCAUUUAGCCCUUUAUCCCCAGAACAUACAGCAGCAGCAACACCAAUUUCCCCAGCCGGCCGAAGGUGAACUGAGCCCUACAUCUGACUUGCAAGGAACAGAGGGGCACAAGGAAUUACUGGAAUAUACUUUAGAUUCGACUGGUCCUCUUAUUGAUACUACUUCCGCUGAUGAAACCAACGCGGCUAAAGCGACGACAUCUUUGGUCCCUAUAGCACUAGUUGUAGCGCCAUCCGCAGUACCAGAACCUGUUCCACAUUUAUCACAGUCGUUACCGCUCGGUGUUUCUUCCUUUUAUUCAUGCUCGAAUGAACAAUCUCACCUAUAA